UCACUGUGUCAAUAAUAUCAAUCAAAUAGAAAAUGAAAACAUUCCUUGACACACAGACACAAAAAAAUCGGAUUCGUCGUGUCUUCUUGAAGUUGUCCCCAGCCGUGUCUUCCAUGAUGGCUACGAACGACGUUCGACGGCGACGAAGACAUCCAACAAUCAAGAGUCAAAGAACCACAAGCACAACACCAUUGCCUCAAAAGAGGCAUAACUUGUCAACAGACAAAACACGGAUGUACACAUCUCGCCAAAGUAGCUUAAGCAACAAUCCAAGCCUAGAAAAAAAGAAUGAAAAGAUAGAAAAAAUACGACCAAGAUGAAAAUCGCGUUUGAAAUUAAAUGAAAAGUGCGCGAAACGGCCAAAAAUUAAAUCAUAGACAACUUGCUGCAUCCUGAAGUUGCAAGUAGAGGAGACAGUCGCAUCGCGAAUCAAAACCAACACACAAUCCCAAUCAGACAUCAUCGACAUACAAAUACCAUGAGAAAGAUGCGAAUUAAGAAGAUUUGGCUGACGAUUGCAGUUUUCCUUUCACUACAGAUUACUUUCGCAGAAGACAUUGAUGUAGUCAAAGCUGUAUCUGGUGACGAAGUAUCUGAGCUUGAAAAUGAAGUUGACCAAAUCGCUCAGGAAUCAGAUCAAGACAACACCCCAAAGGUUCAUUAUCAACACAAUCUUCAAAAUAAUCCUGGCCGAGGAAAUCUCCCAGGUUUACCUUUGGCUUUGAGCCAACCCUUCGGACCACCCCCACCACCACAACUGUCAUAUCAAGGACCACCGCCACCUUUGCCAUUAAGACCACAAAAUUUGCCAGAUUUGAGCAUAAGUGCAUCAAAUAAUAACGAAAUAUGGGCUUCACCUGGUCAAGAUAUGCCCAAGAUCAUCUCUUUAGAUGUAAAAUGUGAAAAGAAUGGCAUGAAAGUAUUUGUGCAAUUCGAUAAGCCUUUCUAUGGUAUUGUCUUCUCUAAAGGUCACUACAGUAAUAUCAACUGUGUACAUUUGCCUUCCGGGUUGGGACGCACUUCGGCAACAUUUGACAUUGGACUUCAUGAAUGUGGAACAUCUGGUAAUACCGAAAAUGGUCUUUAUGGCUAUGGUCAUGAAUCUGGUUCGGGGACAUAUUUUGAAAAUAUAAUCGUCCUACAAUAUGAUCCUCAGGUUCAAGAGGUCUGGGAUCAAGCCAGAAAACUUCGAUGCACUUGGCACGACCAAUAUGAAAAGAGUGUCACCUUUAGGCCAUUCCCAGUCGAUAUGCUGGACGUGGUGAGAGCUGACUUUGCUGGUGACAACGUUGGUUGUUGGAUGCAGAUACAAGUCGGCAAGGGUCCUUGGGCUUCUGAGGUUUCUGGACUUGUGAAGAUUGGUCAAACAAUGACAAUGGUACUCGCUAUUAAAGAUGACGAUUCCAAAUUCGAUAUGUUGGUUAGAAAUUGUGUCGCCCAUGAUGGCAAACGAGCACCAAUACAACUUGUUGACCAACGAGGCUGCGUAACCAGGCCCAAACUUAUGUCGAGGUUUACGAAGAUUAAGAACUUUGGUGCAAGUGCGUCAGUUCUUUCAUAUGCACAUUUCCAGGCGUUCAAGUUCCCCGAUUCAAUGGAAGUACAUUUCCAGUGUACGAUUCAGAUUUGCAGAUACCAAUGUCCCGAUCAGUGUUCUGACCCAAAUCUCCAAGAAGUUCAUCAACUUCAGGUUGGCCCUGAAUCACAGUAUGGACCUCCACCACUUCAAUUAGACUCAUACCAUGUAGGUGGAUCCAUUGGCAAGCGUCGAGAUGAGCGUACAGUUCGUCGUUCAAGAGCGGUCAAUCCUGAGCCUGAAGUCGGACUAAACCGAAUUAUUAAAGUUGUGUCUUCCGGUGACCUGACAUUUGCAAUUGAAGAAAGUGCGAAUACCACAACCGAAAACCAGCCCACAACUAUGGUCUUCCCGGCAAGGGACGAUGGACUGAUAUGCAUGACCACACCUGGAUUUACGAUAACCCUGGUAAUUCUACUAAGCAUCUUGGUGGUUUCGUGUUUGAUGUCCGCUGUUCUCUACGUUCGAUUACGUCCAUUUUCAAUGUCAAAAAAGGAACAUUCUGUAGCAUUUACAAAUCCUCAGCUAACAGCCACACUGUCUCACAUCAUUCAGGGACCAAAAUCUGUGCCAAAAAAUCGUAAUCUCUCAUGAACUGAGCUUCUAGGUUAAAUAAAAAAAUAAAAAAAACAAAAACAGUUUAGUGAAAUAAAUAUUUAUUUUCAAGUAUUUUCUUCUAUAAAAAAAGCCGAAUGCAUUCUAUAAAAUGUGAAUUAGGCUUAAGGUAAAAAAUAGUUCAAACAAUUUUUGAUACAAAAAUAAAACGGUGCUAUAAACAUAGCUUUAUGUAAAAUUUUACCUGUAACUAAAAAAAAAAAUAGCAA